GGGCACUGUGAUGCUGCAGGGCAAUUGCUGGCCCAGCAUGUCUGUCUCCGGCCCCCUCCCUCGCAGUGUGUCACAACCGUGGAGGCGGCCGUAUCUGGAGCAGUUGGGGUGGGCAGGCCCAGCUGGGAGGCGAGCGGGCGAGGAGAGCUGCCACGAUGCGGGAAUGCAUAUCAGUCCACGUGGGUCAAGCUGGAGUUCAGAUUGGCAAUGCCUGCUGGGAGCUCUUCUGCUUGGAACAUGGCAUCCAAGCAGAUGGGACCUUUGGCACUCAGGCCAGCAAGGUCAAUGAUGACGACUCCUUCACCACCUUCUUCAGUGAGACUGGCAAUGGCAAACAUGUGCCCCGGGCUGUCAUGGUCGACCUGGAACCUACGGUAGUAGAUGAGGUGCGGGCAGGAACCUACCGCCAGCUCUUCCAUCCCGAGCAGCUGAUCACGGGGAAGGAGGAUGCGGCUAACAAUUAUGCCCGUGGGCACUAUACGGUGGGCAAGGAGAGUAUUGACCUGGUGCUGGACCGCAUCCGUAAGCUGACAGAUGCCUGCUCCGGCUUGCAGGGCUUCCUCAUCUUCCACAGCUUCGGAGGCGGCACAGGCUCUGGCUUCACUUCUCUCUUGAUGGAACGCCUUUCCCUUGACUAUGGCAAGAAAUCCAAGCUAGAAUUUGCCAUCUACCCGGCACCACAGGUCUCCACUGCAGUGGUAGAGCCUUAUAACUCCAUCCUGACGACCCACACCACCCUGGAGCACUCAGACUGUGCUUUCAUGGUGGACAACGAAGCCAUCUAUGACAUCUGCCGGCGGAACCUGGACAUCGAGCGCCCCACCUAUACCAACCUCAACCGCCUCAUCAGCCAGAUUGUGUCCUCAAUCACUGCCUCUCUCCGCUUCGAUGGAGCCCUCAAUGUGGACCUCACAGAGUUCCAAACCAACCUAGUACCCUAUCCCAGAAUCCAUUUCCCGCUGGUCACGUAUGCACCCAUCAUUUCUGCGGAGAAAGCCUACCAUGAGCAGCUGUCUGUGGCAGAGAUAACUAGUUCCUGCUUUGAGCCCAACAGCCAGAUGGUGAAGUGUGACCCACGUCAUGGCAAAUAUAUGGCCUGCUGCAUGCUCUACCGUGGGGAUGUGGUACCCAAGGACGUGAAUGUCGCCAUUGCUGCCAUCAAGACCAAGAGAACCAUCCAGUUUGUUGACUGGUGUCCCACAGGUUUCAAGGUGGGCAUCAACUACCAGCCUCCCACUGUUGUGCCAGGAGGGGACCUGGCUAAAGUCCAGCGAGCCGUGUGCAUGCUGAGCAACACCACUGCCAUCGCAGAGGCCUGGGCCCGCCUGGACCACAAGUUUGAUCUCAUGUACGCCAAGCGGGCCUUCGUACAUUGGUAUGUUGGCGAGGGAAUGGAGGAAGGAGAGUUUUCCGAGGCCAGGGAGGACCUGGCUGCGCUGGAGAAGGAUUAUGAAGAAGUGGGGACUGAUUCAUUUGAAGAAGAAAAUGAGGGGGAGGAAUUUUAAAUAUACACCUGCCCCAUGA